CGCCCUAUUUAAUCCCGGCGACUGCAGCAGCGCCGGCUCCCUCCCGGUACCCGCCUCGGCCCCGGGCUUGGAAGCCGCUCCGGGGGCGCCCUUUUGGACAGCGACGCCGUCUACCCAGUGCCCCCGGCCCCAGUCUCCGGAGACCCAGGCUCGCCAGCGCCCAGCCAGGGAGGCUGCCAGGAAGCGCGAUGGGGGCCCCUUUCGCCCUGCCCCUGCUCCUGCUCCUCGCCUGCUCCUGGGCGCCCGGCGGGGCCAAUCUUUCCCAGGACGGCUACUGGCAGGAGCAGGAUUUGGAGCUGGGAACUCUGGCUCCACUGGACGAGGCCCUCAGCUCCACAGUCUGGAGCAACCCUGACCUGCUGGCCAGUCAAGAUAGCCAGCCCUGGACAUCCGAUGAGACCGUGGUGGCUGGCGGCACGGUGGUGCUCAAGUGCCAAGUGAAAGACCAUGAGGACUCAUCCCUGCAGUGGUCUAACCCUGCCCAGCAGACUCUAUAUUUUGGGGAGAAGAGAGCCCUUCGAGAUAACCGGAUUCAGCUGGUUAGCUCCACUCCCCAUGAGCUCAGUAUCAGCAUCAGCAACGUGGCCCUGGCAGACGAGGGCGAGUACACAUGCUCCAUCUUCACUAUGCCUGUGCGAACCGCCAAGUCCCUCGUCACUGUGCUCGGAAUCCCACAGAAGCCCGUAAUCACCGGUUAUAAGUCGUCAUUGCGGGAAAAGGAGACAGCCACUCUCAACUGUCAGUCUUCCGGGAGCAAACCUGCAGCCCAGCUCACCUGGAGGAAAGGUGACCAAGAACUCCAUGGGGAGCAAACACGAGUCCAGGAAGAUCCCAACGGGAAGACCUUCACCGUGAGCAGCUCAGUGUCCUUCCAGGUUACCCGGGAGGACGACGGAGCAAACAUCGUGUGCUCCGUGAACCACGAAUCUCUCAAGGGAGCUGACAGAUCCACCUCUCAGCGCAUUGAAGUUUUGUACACGCCGACAGCCAUGAUUAGGCCGGAACCUGCUCAUCCUCGUGAAGGCCAGAAGCUGUUGUUACACUGUGAGGGGCGUGGCAAUCCAGUCCCCCAGCAGUACCUGUGGGUGAAGGAAGGCAGCGAGCCCCCACUGAAGAUGACCCAAGAAAGCGCUCUCAUCUUCCCCUUCCUGAACAAGAGUGACAGUGGCACCUAUGGGUGCACAGCCACAAGCAACAUGGGCAGCUACACAGCCUACUUCACCCUCAAUGUCAAUGACCCCAGUCCGGUGCCCUCAUCCUCCAGCACCUACCACGCCAUCAUCGGAGGGAUCGUGGCUUUCAUUGUAUUCCUGCUGCUCAUUCUGCUCAUUUUCCUUGGACAUUAUUUGAUCCGGCACAAAGGAACCUACCUGACACACGAAGCGAAGGGCUCCGACGACGCCCCAGAUGCGGAUACAGCCAUCAUCAACGCAGAAGGCGGGCAGUCAGGAGGGGACGACAAGAAGGAGUAUUUCAUCUAGGGGCACCCACACACCUUCUGCGCCCCCCAGGGGCCCCAUGGGGACUGCUGGGCUGUCACCAACCUGGACUUGUACAGAGCGACCCCAGGGCCGCCCCUCCCGCUUGCUCCCUGGCCCACCCAGCCCCCUGUACAGAAUGUCUGCUUUGGGUGCGGUUUUGUACUCGGUUUGGAAUGGGGGGGGAGGAGGGCGGGGGGGAAGGGUGGGUUGCCCUCAGCCCUUUCCGUGGCUUCUCUGCGUUUGGGUUAUUAUUAUUUUUGUAACAAUCCCAAAUCAAAUCCGUGUCCAAGGCUGGAGAGGCAGGGGCCAUGGGGCUGAGGAGAGCAACAAACCGGCAAUGUUCAGAGAAGGAAGUUGGAGGGAUUAGAAAUGAAUGAGGAGUAGCGCUGGUUUGGAGGGUGGGGACCUUAACACAGCCCUCCUUCCAUUCUCGCAACAAAUCAGCCUCCCGGGUGGCUCCAAGGAACCUGGGAAUGGAAGUAGGAGCUUGUGGCGGCUCUUCCUCUGCCAGCCAUGUACUACAGACAGGGAGACAGGUAUUAUUGGAGUGACCAACCUCUUCCAUUACGUAAGAAAGGACUGAGUAGGAGAGUCUUCAAGAAGAUGUGACCUGAAGACAGCAUGCGGCCACACAGGGAUCCUGGGCUUCAACAUGUCCCUCUCAGAGAGAGUAGAUUUCAAGGGAGAGAGGAUUGUGGAAAUGGCCCUAUCCACCCAUUGCCCUGACAUGAUGAACCAAGCUAGGCUCUUUUAAUCUGCCCUUGGGGGACAGUAUAGCUCAGCUUUCUCUCCUAGCUCCAGCAGCUGUGGAAAGAGGCAGCGGUGAGCCUGAACAAGUGUCUGCUGCCCCCACCAUGGAGGGGCCCAAAACUCUUACCCAAGACCCUGGACUGUUGCACGGCAACCGCAUUGCUCGGCAACUCCUCCUCCUCCACCCUGUGUCACCCUGUGCCCUUUCCUGCUCCCUGUGCCAGCCCUCAGUCCCUCCUCCCUCAGCAGCCAGGCAGACAUGACAACAAAAUUACUAAAAGGAGCUUCACUGCA